AUGGAUUACAAGAUUCCAUCAGAUGAACUUUCAGGACUGAGGUGCAGCGAAUUGGAAGUGCCUCUGUUCACAUCUGACCUCUUUGCACUGUGGAUCAGGAUUUAUAUGGAUGUAGUCCCAGAUGAUGACGAAUGGGAGAUAUUAAACAAUCUCAAAAUGGACUCACACAGAGGUUUGCUGAUGUCCGGCAUGUGUCGUCACAUCUUAGAUUGCGCCACCAUCACGAUCCUGGACACUGUGGCACCUCAGGUUCAAAGCUGGAUAGACGUCCACGCUGAACUGGAGAAUGCUAAAAACAGCAGUGACACAAUCAACGCUUAUGAUUAUUUGCAAGGGCGUACUUUUAACAGCGUGACGGAAGAAGAUAUUCAAGCCAGCAUUGGGAAUUCAUUAGACUACUGUUUUGGUGCAGCACUAGGAUUCCGACAGAAGAGGACCGACGACUCUACAGUUGGAAACAUCCACAUCCCCGUCUAUAAAGAGCUUUGCCACCAGUUUGGAUCUGCUGCAAGGCUUCAGGCUGACAUGGUGUCCAAAGAUGGGAAGUUUGAAGAAGCUGUUGCCAAGACAUUAAAGGCUCAGCUGCAGAAGUCUUCAAGAAAAAACAUCAGCUUCAUGGCCAAAGUCAAGAAGACUUCCUGCCGCAAGUCUAGAAAAGUUGCUCCCAUCAUCGAGACAAACACAUCAAGGAGACAGAAGUUCCCCGCCAUUCGUAGAAUGUUCGCCUCCGCAGCAAAGUUCCUGAGGAACCUGUUCAGCCAAUGCAUCAGCGCUGGAACAGACUAA